AUGGAUAUGGACCUCCAGUGGACACAAAGCAAGGAAGCCGAGUCGUGGCGCUCGAAGUUGAGAUUUUUGAGGCCUCCCAGUGGAGACGUCAUGGAGGAAUUACGCGCCAUGAAAGAAAAGGCGAUGCCAGAGACUCCAAACGCAGAGAAGCUCAGUUGGCAUCCCUUGGAGAGAAGUCCCAUGUGGGCCUUCUCCCUCGAAGAUUUGCUGCGGCCUGUAUGGUACAGACUGGUGGGCCCGGAACACUGGAAGUCGGUGGUGCCCGUGGUGGGCCGCCGCUACCCCGAUGAACUCUACAGCUUCGUGCGCGGCUGCGGGCUGUUGGGCAGCAGCGUCCGCGCAGACACCGAGGCCAAGAUUCAGGAGUUGCGAAGCUGCCCUGGGCAAGGGGCCCGGGCAACCGGCGCAACCGGGCAACGACAGCCAGGAUGGCAGCCCUUCCUGGCUUCCUUGCGUCCGAAGCCGGGGCUCUCGCACGAGAAAGCGCGCAUCACGGAUUUCCAAACGGAACAGGACCUGGAGUACCCGGCCCUGGGCUAUGAGGGCGACUGGCGCAUCUGCAGCGCUCCAGCGGAGUUGCAGCCCUUGCUGUCGCGGCCCAACUUUCAGCUCUUGGACAACAAGUCGGAACCCAGGCAUGCGCAGCCAAAGUUGCUGCAUCAGUUGCGCCCUGAGCAAUUGAGAUCUUUGUAUUGGAUGGUACAGCAGGAAGAGAACUGCAUUCUGACCAUGAUCUACCGCUGCUAUUGGCAAAGGUUCCGUCCGGACGAGGCGGCCCCCAAGAGCUUAGCGGUAGACUGGACCUUGGACUGUCGCGUGAUUGCCUCCUUUGGGGCCCAUGGCGGCGUGCUGGCAGAUGAAACACCUGGGCAACGGAUCGACCGUGUUCGUGAUACGCAGAUGGGCUAUGGCAAGACGGUCUUAGCUAUUGCUUUGCAUGAUGUUCGACAGGAGGGUGAAUAUUUGGAAGUACCAGAGGUGGAGGCUUUGACCAGCUUCCAAUCUCCAGCCACCUUGAUCUGCAUCCCUCCACAUCUUCAUGCACAGUGGCAGCAAGAGAUCAAAAAGUUCACCGGGAACACGUACAAGGUGUUGGACCUCUCCAAGAAGGCAGACUUGCAGAAGAGCACAGUGAGGAGCUUCCUGGAAGCUGACCUGGUCCUCUGCAACUACGAGCUCUUGCGAUCCAUGGCCUACAUCCAGCGCCGCGCCCACUUGGCACAUCUGGUGUGUCCAGAUCAGGAUAUGUGGAGCGUGGCAAGUGGUGAACGUGAUGGGAGCAACUUCAACUUCAUGGAAAAACUUCAGAUGGGCAUUUCCUCCUUCGUCUCCAAUCCAAGCACACACGCGUGGUCAACGGCCUCGAAGGAGAGCUGGUCCUCGAUGAGUUUCCCCGUGCUGGAGAUGUUUUUCUUCCGGCGCGUCAUCUUUGACGAGCUGCACGAGUUGCAGGGAGAGACUAAAGGAGACAUGAGUGCGAUCUAUCACCUCCGUUCUCAUCAUUUCUGGGGCCUCACUGCUACGCCAUUGAUGGCGAGCUGUCGCCACGUCAGUCAGAUGGCCAAGCUCCUCCGUGUGGACGUGGCCGGCCCUGGCAGUCACCUGCUCUCCGACUUCGACGCCGCGCUGCGCGAGAACUGCCAGCGCUUCCUGGACGGCUGCGUGCGGCGCAACACAGCGGAGGUUCCGAAGAUCGCGGUGAAGCAGCACUUGAGGUUGGUGAAACACACGCCACAGGAGAGAGCGUUGUACCUCUCAGCGUGUGCAGAUGUUUGGAGCAACACACUUCAAAGAAACCAACGACUGCUGAUUCUGUGCUCUCACUUCAGUGACCAAUUGCUUGGAGAACAAAGUGCCAACGAGGCAUGUGGCAAUCUGGUGAGCCGUCGCCGGCAAGGCUCUCAGAUUGCGCUGCAGCGCUUGGAGGUGGCAGCGCGGUGGUGGGAGGCACUACGAAGGUUGGGGAGCAAGCUGAACACGCAGGCCCUGGAGGCCUCGGCCUUGGGCCGUUCGGAGGAAGCCAAGGGCGUGCUGAGCGAGGUGCAGCGGAAGGCCUUCGCAGAAAGUGUAGAGGAUUUGACGGCUGUCAGAAUGGAAGGGGAGCCUUGGUGUGCCCGGGUGAAGCGCGCCCUCUCCAGCGAAAAUUCCGUGGCCCAGUCCGGCUGGGCGGAGCGUUGUGAGAGCGCCCUUCGCUCAGCCCUGGAGUCGUUCUUGGAGGCACAAGCGCAAUUGAAGUUCCUUGAGAAGACCCUGGAGCUGAUUGGAAAGGACAAAGAGCGCAGCUGUGUGAUUUGCUACCAGGAGAACUUGGAAUUGGAACAGCUUGGCAUUACGCCUUGCGCCCAUUACUUCUGCUUGCCCUGCUUGACGCAGCAAGUUGAGAGAAACCAGCGCUGUGGCGUGUGUCGCCAUCCGUUGAAGUCACUAGGUCCUGAUGAAAUGGUUUGA